UUUUAAGGAUAUCCGUAAUACUCUGUUGGACAUCGAAAAGUCGGAUUUGGUUAAAGAAAUUGAUCGUCUCGCAAAAACAUCAGAAAAAGACAACUCGAACUUAACUGGAGAGUUAGUAAGAGACAAUGCUCUGUUAUGUGUAAAGUUAGAAAGAGACAAUGCAGUUCAUAAGCGGCCAAUCAUGGAAAUUCGAGAGGAAAUAAAAAAUUUUUUUAAAAUAAGAAUGGACGCAAAUAUAAGUUUUAAUGCAAAUGAUAAAACAAUAGAUAUAGGAGUUGCUGUUUUGCAAAAUGUAAUAAAUAUAAUUACAAAAGGACCAAGUUUCAAAACAGAUGAAGACUUUUUGAAAAUGUUAAGAAGUUCAUAUGAAACUAUAGGAGAUAUUUACACCUCUAACUUCAAAUCAAAAUUUCAGGGAAAUAAUUACGGAAACAAAACCCAAGAAAAAUAUUGUAUAGCAAUCGAUCCAUACGAAAAAUGUUUCGAGUAUAAUCGUUACUUGUGUAUUCAUUUUGGUUAUAACUAUGAAAACAUUUUAAAUAAAUUACUAGAAAAACUAGAUAAACCUGCUAAUUAUGGCUAUAAUGUCUCAGUGAGAGACGCUUCAAAGUAUGAAAGGUAUAAUAACCAGAAUAAAUCUGGAAAUUUAUAUGAAAAAGGAAAAAGUUGUCUGCAAGAUAAAGAUUUUGGAAAUGCUUUUUUUUUUUGGAAAAGAAAUAAGUCAGCCUUGUUGUUUAGAUACUCAAGGUAGUUCAUAUAUACAAGUUGCAAUGAUAUUACAAUAUUACCACGAUAAAACAAAGCAAACUUUUUACAAAUCAAUAGAGUAUUACAAUUAUGCUAUUGCUAUUUUUUCAAACAGAGAUGAAAUUAAUUGCGCUGGUGACCUAAUAGACUGUUUCUUUCAUUUAUACAGAUUACAAUCUAGCCCAGAAACUUUCAAGUUUGAUUCAAGUUGGGCUAAUGAAAACAAGUUUAAAGAAAUAUUUGAUUUAAAAGAACAAUAUAUAAAUGAUAAAGCUGAUCGUCUUUAUAUACAAGCUAAAUUAUAUGCGUGUAAACGGUUCUCUUGGAUGAAUGACAAAAAAGAAAAUCUAGAUCCUGAAAAAGUUUUAGAGUAUUGCAGAAGAGCAUUACAAGCUAGUGAUAAAUCCGUUACUAUCAAAACAAAAAUAAAUUUUCUCAUGGCGUACACGUACAGCUCUCUGAUGGUCGAGAAAGACUUAAACUGCUAUCAUAAUGCCAUUGCUUGUUGCCAGGAUGCACUUAAGACAUACUUAAACAACAGUAACCAAGAGUAUGCAGAACGUGUUGUUACUAAGUCUAUAACGUUAGCAUACUUACCUGAAACUAAAGGAUUUCAAAAUAUUUCUACAGAUGACACUAAGCCUCUGAGAGAUCUUUUAGAAGAGAUUUACAAUUCAAACAACUAUAAAAUUAAUAGUUUUAAAGAAAUGUGGAAAUCAUACAACUGCCUAAACAUCCAAGAUAAUCAUAUAUGUGACUACUUUUUAUUAGAAAGGCAAAGUAGUCUAUUUAGAGAUAUGAUAAACGACAAAAGUAUAGCAAACAGCAAAGAGUACAAAAAUAGUAUUGAGGAAGAAAAGGAAAUUUUUAAUACAACAAAAACGAGGCUUACGCAUAUUGAGAAGAUUCCGCAUUUGUAUUGGUAUUAUUACGCGUUUCAUAAAACAUUGAGCGACUGUUAUCAAACUGCCGUUUUAGUGAAAAGUGAAAAGGUUGUUUUAAACAAAAGUACUGUAAGCAGUAUGGUAGCAUCGCUUAUACUUGGGAUUGUUCCUUUUAUCCCUAAACUUGUAGAGGAAAGCAUAACCAAAGUUUUGGAAUUUUUGGAGUCCGUAGAAAUGAUUCAGGCUGCAAUUAAUACAACUAUACUUGCCGUUAGCCAAAAUCAGUUCGAUAAUAUGGUUAUGGAUAUUAUUGUAAGCAUAAUUUUUGAAAAUCAAGAUUUAAUUUUAGCAAAAAAAUCUCAAAAAAAAGUCGCAAUGAUGUGGUACAAUGAAUUCAUCACCUUUUGUAAAAAAGUUUCCAAUAAAUUUGAUAAAAAAAUAUACGGUAAUGAAUAUCCAGAAGACGCAAUUCAUAAAGAAGUUUGGGAAAUGAUGUCACUGAUGCUGCUCAUGAUGUGACUGAUGCAGUUGUUUUGUUUGAAUCAAAUGAACCAGAAAAAAAGAAGUGUUGUUGCUGUUGUUGUUGCUGUAAACACUGUUAUUGUUGUACGCUGAUGUAAACAAUGUUUUGGUUUGAAAAAAGAAAGUACUCUAAUGUAAACUCUGGUUGUGACUGUUUAUACUAAUAAUUUUACACUAUGACAUUAAUAGUUAAUAGUAAUGAUUUCAAUUUAAUUGUUUAG